AUGUUGAACGUGUGCGCAGAUCUGGUGCAGUUCGACCAGUACAGCCUGCAGCUGUACAACUACGCCAUGGUGGAGCGUUUCCGCUCGAACCAGUUCUUCAACUACGGCAACUUCGUGGCUGACACACGGACACUGUCGAGGUUCUUCAAGCCGACGUUGCCACCCAACCCGGUUGAUGCGGCAGCAGCAGCAGCAGCUGCUGCAGCAGCCGCCGCCGGCAGCGCUCUUCUUGCUGAUGCCAGCAAGUUGUCCUCCCAGGCCCCGAAACCCCAGUACAGCUACAUCGGGUUGAUUGCGAUCGCGAUCCUUAGCUCACCCGAGAAGAAGCUGGUGCUGUCCGACAUCUACCAGCACAUCCUCGACAACUACUCCUAUUUCCGCAGCCGUGGACCCGGUUGGCGCAACUCGAUCCGCCACAAUCUCUCACUCAACGACUGCUUCAUAAAGGCAGGUCGUAGUGCCCACGGAAAAGGUCACUAUUGGGCGGUACAUCCGGCAAAUGUGGAGGACUUCCUCAAAGGUGACUUCCGGCGGCGGAAGGCCCAACGGAAGGUGCGUCGUCACAUGGGGCUAACCUCCGAUGACGACAUCUACGAUAACAGUAGCCCACGUCAGUUCUUCCCCGCGAUCAACUCCCCACCACCACCACCACCACCACCGUCGGCGUCUCAGCCGUCAUUGUCGUCAGUUCAGCCGCCACAACCACCGCCAGCACCACAUCCGGUACUCUACCUUGGUCCGGGUUCGGCGGCAACGGCAACGUCAGCGGCAGCCGCCGCCGCUGCUGCUGCAGCCGCUGCCGCCGCAGCCGCCGCUGCCGCCAGUGCCGCCGGCUCAAGUGCAGUUGGUCCUGGAGGAGGUCCUUCAGCCGCCGGCAAACUCGCACUUGUAGCACUCGGUGAAGGAGGUCCUGCCGAUCAUCAACACCUGCAUCAUCAGCAUCAGGCUGCGGCUCUGCUACACCAUCAUCACCAGCAGCAGCAACAGCAGCAGCAGCAACAGCAUCUCCAUCAGCAUCAUCAUCAACAUCAACACCACCACCAUCACCAUCAUCAUCAUCAUCAAACAACGGCUGCGGCCAUCAUCAUGCGCAACACGAUGGAGAGCUUCUCUCGCAAGCGUCAGUUCGAUGUGGAGUCGCUGCUUCGACCAGACGAUGGUACCGACGAUCGUGAGCCCUUCGAACUACGUCGCGCUCGGCUCUGCUCACCUGCCAGCUCCAGCCAGAGCCCUUCACCAUUGCCGCCCUUCGCUGGAGCCCUGCUACCGGUGCAACAGCCACCACCACCGCCGCCAAAGACGAGCCCUUCACAAACCCUACAGUCGAAGGGUGGCCAGUAG